GAUUGAGGGGGAGAUUGAGACAGAGGUGACUGUGGGGCAGAAUGAGGCGGAGAUUGAGAAAGAGACUGAGGAGAAGUACUUCAUGUCUGAAUCUGAGCAGGAGAAAUUCCCAAGUACAUCAAUAACUUCUGAUCUACAAAGAGAACUGCAAAUGGAAAGAAAAGCCAGUGCUGCUCUUAAGGAGGACUUGAGGAUAGCAAAAAGAGCUCACGCCAAAAUAAAAGAAGCCCUGAAGAAGGAGCGAAAAGAAAAAGACACUUUUUCAAAAGUUUUAAAGAAUGAGCAAGCUCAAAAAGACAGUCUUCGUGUUGAAAUGGAAUAAACGAAAAAGAAAAUGACUAAUCUUAAGAGAUCGGAGAAAGAUCACCAGGAAAGACACAAAAAGCUUCAAAAGCAGAUAGAAAAAAUGACAGCUGAUCACAAAAGCAAUUAUGUGAUGAUCAAAAAACUCAAACGUGAGCUACAAUCAGUUGAGAAUCUAAAAGAGGAACUCUGUGAGCUGAGGCUGAAAAACUGUGAAAAAGACAAAGAAAUCCAAUCCCUUCUCUUCAGUAUUGAGAAUCUUCAAAGUAAUAAUGAAGCCAAGGGCACUACUAUUUCCAUGCUGCAAGAGAAAAAUACCCAGUGGGCCUCAGAUCUCAGGGAGGAGCAGGCAAAAAAUGUCCAACUCCAUUAUGAGGCUGCCGUCUCGCAGCAGAGUGACAAAAAUGAACAUGUCCGGCUGACUGGUGAACUUGAGGAUGCCCUACACAAGAGUCGGCUUGCUGAAAUGCAGCACCAGCAAGUCAGAGAAACUUGUUCAAGACUCCAAGAACAACUCAAAAGGGAGAAAACCCACCUCUCGGGGGCGCUCAAAAAAAUUGCGAUGCAAAGGAGAGUCUCAGCAGCCACACAGGGUAUGACGUAUGAGAUGGAAACACUCAGGAUGGAGAACAAGAAUAUCAGGGCUAAAUAUGAGGCUUUGGAGGCAAAAUAUGACUUUCAAUAUAAAUGCAGAGCUCCCAGUCCAUCAGAGAGCAAGACAAGACAAGCCCAACAUCAAGAUGACCUACAAAGGUCUAUCUUGGAGGAGAGAGUCAGUCAAACUGCCUCUGCUCUUGAAAGAGAAAGGGACAGACUCAAUCAGACUGCCUCUGCUCUUGAAAGAGAAAGGGAGAGAGCCGAUCAAACUUUCAUUGCUCUUGAAAAAGAGAGGGACACAUUGGAGAAGUGCAAUGUCAAACUCCACAUAGCUUUGGUCCAGCACACAAAAGCGCUAGAGGAGCAGCAUCGUUUGGCUUUAGCCCUCCAGAAAACUCAGAACAAAUGUCAGAUACAAGAGCAGAUGAACUUUCAGCUCAGACAAGCCAAUGAGCUGAAGAUGAAGGAGCAGAAGGUUGCUUUGCAUGAGGCAACAGAUGCUCUACAAAACCUCCAGAAGGAACAUACAGAUCUUGGAAAGAAGCAUAGUGAAAUUCAUUCUAAUUACCGUGAGGUGCUUAAAAGUCACUCUGCCCUCCAAGUAAGAUAUGAGAGACUUGGCUAUGCGACAGGGGACCCCCAAGCAGAUCUCAAUCAGUCUAAGUUAAACCUGGAUUGGUGUGCACUUGGUUUAUCCUUUCACAACUCCAAACCCUGCAAAACCCUGAACCCUGUUCAUUGGAACUGAGAUGAUCUUUUGACCUCAAUGUGAAAUUAAUGUACAUUUU